CGAACGGAUCAUUGUGGAUAACACACGGAGCAGGAAAGAGAGGGAGCUCCGGCUGGCAGUCUGGCACAUGGAAGCGUUACAUUUCUCAACCGUUACCUCCCGCCAUUUCUCCAGUUCUGCUCACUCUCUGCCUCAUAACCGAAGCUUCUGCUCUACAAUUCCUGCUACGAAAUCAGCCAAGCUUUGCUCGUCUUGGACCUGUUCAACGACCGCUGCCGCACUUUCUUCGAAAAAUUUGCUCCCAAAUGAAAUUUGGGGUUGGGUGAACUCCAAGAGCGGCAUUGUCAAAAGGUACAUGCGCGGUGUGGUAAGGGCGGAAAUGUUCGGGCAGCUGACGAGUGGGCUUGAAGCUGCUUGGAGCAAGCUCAGAGGAGAAGAGGUUUUGACUAAGGAGAACAUUGCGGAGCCUAUGCGAGAUAUUAGGAGAGCUCUUUUGGAAGCAGAUGUGAGCCUUCCUGUUGUUAGAAGAUUUGUGCAAGCCGUCAGUGAUCAGGCUGUGGGUGUUGGCCUGAUUCGAGGAGUGAGACCAGAUCAGCAAUUGGUUAAGAUUGUGCAUGAUGAAUUAGUUAAAUUGAUGGGUGGAGAGGUCUCUGAAUUGGUUUUUUCCAAGGCCGGGCCCACUGUCAUUCUAUUGGCUGGACUCCAGGGAGUUGGGAAGACGACUGUUUGUGCAAAGUUGGCAAAUUAUCUUAAGAAACUGGGGAAGAGCUGCAUGCUGGUUGCGGGAGAUGUGUAUAGACCUGCUGCUAUUGACCAACUAGUUAUUUUGGGUAAACAGGUGGAUGUGCCUGUCUAUACAGCACGUACUGAUGUUAAACCAUCCGAAAUUGCUAAACAAGGUUUAGAAGAGGCAAAAAGGAAGAAAAUUGAUGUGGUUAUUGUUGACACUGCUGGAAGACUUCAGAUAGACAAAGCGAUGAUGGAUGAGUUAAAAGAAGUAAAGCAGGCAAUAAACCCUACAGAAGUUUUGCUAGUUGUGGAUGCAAUGACUGGCCAAGAAGCAGCAGGCUUGGUCACUACUUUCAAUCUUGAGAUUGGGAUAACAGGUGCCAUCUUGACAAAGCUAGAUGGAGAUUCAAGAGGUGGAGCAGCUUUAAGUGUCAAAGAGGUAUCUGGAAAGCCCAUUAAACUGGUAGGACGUGGAGAACGCAUGGAUGAUCUUGAACCCUUCUACCCUGAUCGAAUGGCAGGGCGAAUAUUAGGAAUGGGAGAUGUUCUAUCAUUUGUAGAGAAGGCGCAAGAAGUUAUGCGUCAAGAAGAUGCUGAAGAACUGCAAAAGAAGAUUAUGAGUGCGAAGUUUGACUUUAAUGAUUUUCUAAAACAAACUCGUGCUGUAGCAAAAAUGGGUUCUGUGUCUCGUGUCAUUGGAAUGAUUCCUGGCAUGGGUAAGAUUACUCCUGCACAAAUUCGAGAAGCAGAGAAGAGUUUAAGGCUCAUGGAAGCAAUGAUAGAAGCAAUGACCCCUGAGGAGAGAGAAAAACCAGAGCUCUUGGCAGAAUCUCCUGCCAGGAGGAAAAGGGUAGCUCAGGAUUCAGGGAAAACAGAGCAGCAGGUAAGCCAACUUGUGGCUCAGCUCUUCCAAAUGCGUGUGCGUAUGAAAAAUCUGAUGGGUGUGAUGGAAGGGGGAUCUAUCCCAACACUUAGCAAUCUUGAGGAGGCACUUAAAACGGAGCAAAAGGCUCCACCGGGUACUGCAAGGAGGAGGAAGAGAUCGGAAGCAAGAAGGCAAUUUGCAGACUCUGCAUCAACAAGGCCGAGUCCUCGAGGAUUUGGGGCUGGAAAUUGAAAAUAUCACUAUCUACUUGACAUUGUAGUGCAAAGUUUGGUUCAAACGGUCAUCAGCAUUCGACUGUUUGGUUGAUAUUACUUCUUUCCCUGAGAUAUUUAGUACGUUCACAUGAGAAAAUCAAUGCUUAUGAGCUCCCACAGAGUUUGAUGUAAUUUUGGCAGAAAUGAUUAGGAUGUGGAAAUCUGGGCCAGAGUGUAAUUCUUGUACAAUCUUAAUUAUAUAUCUUAUGAUGUUAUGCUCACGGGGACUAUCCAGAAGUUUUCACUUGUAUUUCCGGCCUUCGAGUCUGGAAUUGUCCCCAUAUUUGUUGGAUUGAAAUGUAUGUAUGGUAUACCAAUAUGAUUUGAUCCAACUCAAUUCAAGUAA